GCAGUUGGGGCCAGUGCGCCGAGGCGGGGGGAGGACGAUGGGUCCCAGACGGGGGGUGCUGAAGACGGCCAUGGAGCACUAUCUCUGCGCCCGCUCCCGGACGGCCGACGAGCUGCUGGGGACGGCGGAGGCGGAAGAGGGCAGGCACAGAAAGCGAUUGGCAGCGCUCGCGCCCAACCCACUCCUGGAUUUGCCACUCGGGGCCAGGCUGCCUUUGCUACCCGGCUCCAGCAGGUUGUUCUAUUCCACGCAUUUGGGCAAACAGCUCUAUCAGCCUUCUAGCGGCUUCGAUCUCGGGGAUCCUUUCUGCCAAAUAAUGGCAGCGAGUCUGCACAGCCCUCCCUGGUGCUCCUACUACAAGCGCACAGACAGUCUGCGGAGAGGCAGAAGAGCCAGCGAUGUCGGCAGUGAGAGUCCGAGAGUGCUAGAAAAACCUGUUGCAAGACGCCAAGAAGCCAGUCUCCUUCCGGAAGGAGGCGACACCUGUCACUUCGGGGAGUGGCUGGCACAGCAAGGUCCCGAUCUACAUGAUGCAGAGGGACAGGCGAGGAACAGAGAAUUAGACAUGAUUAAUAAAGAACUGGAAGAAAUCAAGACGACUCGAGAGGAAAAGCAUCACCUCCAGUGGGCUGAGGGAGAGAACAAGCACCAUGGCCACAACCAAAAGAAACAACUUAAUCUUCGUCAAAAAAUGGAGGAGGCCUGGAAAAAGAAGGAAAUGUUACUUCUGCUGAAAAUCGGAGCUGACGUGCGCGAGGAGCUGAGAGCUGAGCAGCUGCGAAGGAAAAGCAGACCAGAGAAAGCCCCAAGGAGACAAAUGAAGCUAGAGAAAGAAGCGGCCGUCCGCCUGAGAACGCUGUGUGCGGAAGGCUACCCCAGUGAGGAAGCUGACAGCCACAGAAAGGUUUGGGGAGCCUAUGCCUGUAGUCGACCGUCAGGCAAUGGAAAGAAAACAUCACUUCCGCCAGUGGCCUCUCAGCAGCCUUUUGAGCCGACUGCUAGUAAUCUGAAGAAGAAAAGAGCACGCUUUCAGAAGCGCAGGACUGAAGACCUGAACAGUAAAAUCCAGCAUAUUAUGACCUGGUUCCUGGCUGAAGUAACAAGUAUCUUGUACCCCGCUGUGACAAAGUAUGAAGAGACAGCCCGAGCCAAGCCACCUGCGACAGCUGACGGGCCAGUCCUCUCUUCUGAGAACUCUAGUGGCUGCAAUGAAGAGCUCUUUGGAAGUCUACCACCCUCCAGAACCAAAAGGGUCUUCUUUCCAGGCUCAGAGGGGAAACCCACCAGCUCACCAGCCGAUCACAAGACAGUGCCGGAAGGGAAGCUGUCUCAAACGUCACCUUUCACACCUCUGACGAGGAGCACACGGGUGUCUCUGGAAAGUGAGUUCUGCAAAGGAAAUAUUCACAAGAGAAAAACACCUCCGUCCCAGACUAAAAAUGCGUUGAGUUUUCAGAGGAAAGUCAUGAGCAUGGGAGGUGCAGGUGAGUUUCCCAGCAAGAACUUUGAAACAGAGAGGUUUCCGUUCAUCCCAACUUAUUUUACAUUUGAAUCGACAGCACACGAUGCCAACCCCCAACACUGUCUGAGUGGCGGGGAUAUUCCUUCAGCCGUAAGCCAAAGCCUUCCUAAAGACAGUGUUUUUAAAAAAUUAUUGGAGCAGCAAAGAGGAACUGAAGCAAAUGUCACUGACAACUUGAAGAUGCUCCAGGUGGCUGAGAACGUUGUCAAGGACGUGUUUAUGAGGGUGCAAGAUCUGGACCAUUCUGUCCGCAUUCUAAAGAAGGCUCCAAUCGAGAUUAGUGAAAGAUUGUUCUGUAGUAAAUUUAAAAGAACCGAACCUCCAGGGACUUUCCAGAAAGAUUUCCAGAAAGAAAUUGGAUUAGUUGCUAGAGAGAUUGUAGCAAUCGUGUUUGAUAACUUUCACAAGUGUUUGGCAUCCAGCAUCUCGACUGCCCCUGGGUCAACCAGCCGAGUUUCCAAAUCAGAAAAAAAAAAAGGUGCGCAAUCUGACUCGCCUGUUUACGACCGUCACAUUUCUUUGGCUUCUAUCGAUAAAAUGGCCAAAGCGACGGUUGAAAGUGUUAUAUUCACACUGGAGUCCUUCGUAGCCUUUCAAUUUAAACAUGACUUUAAAUGUAAAUUUUCUGAAAUAGUGAAACUCCCUGUUGAAAACAGGUCUGGUGCCCAACACAAACCAUUCCUGCGGCCGCUCUCAACUCAGGUAGCAAAGGAGAUAGAAGUAUCAUUUGAACAUACAGUGCCAGGGACAACCAGUAAAAGAACGCUCCCCACGUUAGAACCCUUUCAUAGUUUUCCUGACCUGUCACGGGUCAGCAGUAUGAUUACCAGGGAGAGCAUACAAAAUGCCAUUUGCCAAGUCCAAAGACUCCAUUCGGAACUGAGCAUUUAUGCUAAAAUUGCUGUCACCAAAAUUCUGGAAAUCAUCAAGUGGAAACCUGAAAAAGAACCUAGCCACAGAGAAACAUCUCCAUUUAGUGAUGUCUCGGAAGAAAACAUCCUGGCGAGUCAGCUAACUGGUGCCAUAUUAGAGCAAUGCAGUCAAAAUUUGAUGGAAAUUACUUCAGAAUCCAAGUUUGAAAAUCCUCGGAUGGAGAAACCCGGACGAGCCUUUGGAAAUAAUAAAACACCUAAUCAGGGUGUCACGAGGUUGGGAGGCAUGAAAAUGUCUGCGAAAAAAUUAAAAGCUGACUUAAGAGAAACCUUUCCGCCUAUCAGUGUUCCCGACAUGAUGAUUAAUUCAGAGGAAAAAACAGAAAUGUGGAAGGACAUUCCACGUAAUCUUCCAACUCUCCAGCGUCGCAAAUUCUCUGCCCGAGAAACUUCCACUGCAUCCGAGAGAAUCAGAAAGUCUAUUUUCAGCGUCACAGCUCCCAAACCGAGAUUUUCUAGGCCAGCGCCAGAAUCAACACGAACACUGAGCUCCAGGAUGACGCUACCCCCGAUUGGAAGACAAUUUGCAAGGAAGUCGUUCUGUAAGAUAGACACAAAGAAAUCUCCCAAAGGGGAAGCAAUGCACAGGGGUGAAGAGGAUGGGGAGUGCCUGCCGUCACGUGAAGCCGAGAGGCAGGCAACACAGUCUCAGGAUGGAGUUAGUUCUGCUGCUUUUUUGAAAGAAAUGUGUAGCGAACUGCUAAGCAAGUUGAUCAUGUCUUCUCACACCAGAGACACGCAGGACAGAAAAACGGAGGUCACGGAGCCUUCCCAGGUGGUGACAAAUAUCAUCGAUUCAAUGUUAAAUGAGUGUUCAAAGUCCCACGUCAAGGAGCCGUCACCCCAGGAAGAUCCGGACCCCCCACCGCAGGUUAGCACAUUGGCCACUAAGAUUAUUCACUCCAGUUUGUGCGACAUUUUGAAAGAAAGUGGCUCUGAAGCCUCAGAUUAUACAGCCAUCAAAAGUGACCACAGUGCUUCAGUAGAAACGCUGGCUGCUUCAGUAAGGAGAGAAAUUAUUGAUUACCAAUUUCAGGGACCACUGGCAAAAGCUUCAUCUUCUACUGUAGUUAAACCUCUAGAAUCUGGGCUGAUUGCUGACGAGGUCUCACAGAAGGAUAACAAACCCAGCACCCAGUGCCAGACUGUUAGGGUACCGCAUGGAUUUUUAGAAGACGUAAUUACCAAGCUGUUAUUGAAAAUGCUCCCGGAACACUCCGACGUGUCUUCAUCUGCAGAAACGGAAAAUCAGAUUGCAGAGUUUGACUUUAUUCACAUGACGCUGGUAAGUAAGGUUAGGACAGAAAUCUCUAAAGAGCAGAAUCGGAUUAUUCAGUACGUUAAGGAUUUGCACCAAGACGGGGAUUCCGUUAUUCCAGCGGUUGUAGAAUCAGUCUAUCAUAAGCUUCUGCCACAGUUUGGAUCCCAAUUAACAAUGCAGAAGUGUUUAAAAAGUGGGUGCACAAUUCUUUCGGAAGCAAUAGCUGACUUGGUGUUAACAGAGGUGUCGGAAAAUCACGUGCAGACCCUCUUUUCUGGGGAAUUAACAGCUGACCAGUGUGCUGGAGCUGACAGUGUUGUGGAAGACAUGCUUAGAGACCUCACCGAACCCUCAGCUCACCCAAAUCCCGUCACAUCAGAUGUCGGGGAAUUCUCUUCUCUCAUCAUAGAGGAACUUUCAUAUAAACUUUUACAUAAACUUUUGUCCAUAUUCCCCACCGUGGAGAUGGAUGAACAAAAUCCUUCUUCCGUGAAGCAUUUAACCUCCAAAAUAAUGAAUUCGCUGAAAGCUCUCCUUUCAAAAAACCAACUGAAGAUCAGCGACAGCAGCAACGAGCCAGACUCAUUGCAAGAAGACGACAGCAGAGCUUCUGGAGAAGCAGCCGGUCCUGUCUAUACGCACAUCUUGAAACACUCCGACUCUGACAUUUCUAUUCACAAAGAUUUAACAAACCCGAAUGACGUUUUAGCUAACAGAGUAGCUUCUCUGGUGCUUGGUAAUCCUUCUAAACACGAAAUCCAGCUCACGUCACUGGAAGAACCACCCCCCACUUUCCCUUUGAUGCUGGAGGCUGUCAAUAUUUUUAAAAAGAUUCUUACCAGCACAGAGCUUCCGAAACCUCCCCUGGCAUCACAUAGCCCUGUGUUACCGGUGAUGUUUGUGGAAGAAAUAUUAAGCAGAUUCUUGUCUAAAAUCUUAAAGCCAACUCACAGCAGAAGCUCAGAAAAAAGUUUAUCAAAGACUGAAGUGAAUGAAGUUGCGGGGAAGCUGAAAGAGUCCAUGGAAAAACUAAUGUUCCAAAAUAAAAUCAGUUUUGUGGAAGGAGCAGGUGAUGUGGCCAAUUCAGAGCACAACGAAACUCUGAACCAAGUGGCUCACGCCAUUUACAGUAAUGUCCUGCAAAAAUCUGGAUCGCAACAAGACUUUUAUGACAGUGUAACGAGUUCCAGAACAAAUUUUCCUCAGCAAGUAGCCAGUAUAAUAAUUAAUGAAAUCUCUCACUGUCACCUGGCCCAUGCUUUCAAAGGCAGCGCGCCGAUGGUUAGCCAGAGCGCCAUGGAACUCAACAGAAUCGUGGAGCGAGUCCACGCGCACGUUUCCCUUCACACCCUGCCUGAGCCCAGAUGUUCCAGGGAGCCCCUCGGAGAUGAAAAUGCAACCGAGCAACCGACAGAACCCAGGCUGCCCAUUAACAUAAUCCCGUACACUGGGAACAGCGCGCUAGAAAUCGACCCGGCCAUCGUGCCCGACCAGUUAGCCGUUAUCUCCAUAGAAACGGAGCCUCUGGAGGAGCUGAAAAAGGCCUGCAGUGCUUUCGCAGGGCUGAGUCUGACGGACCUGAGGAGAGCCACCGUGGCUGGGAACAGUCCCACGGCCAAAGCCAGCGUUGCUGAAGAGAGGAAAAAGAAAGAGAGGCGCCCGUCCCUGUGCGCGGCAGGCCGGCUGGAUGUCAGACCGAAGGAGCUUACCAGCCGAAAUUCAUUCUGGGACAUGUUAAAGCCUGACCUCGCCAAAGUGGAAAUUUUAAAAGAUGUGAAGAACCAGCAGGACCUUCUCAGGAGACUCGUCGCCCGUGAUAUCGAGGCAGAGGCGGGGCAGCAGCAGGAGGAGGAGGCAGCUUUUGAGAACAUUUUAAAAGUCGAAUCCUCUUUGAUUUUUGAGAGCCGGUCCCGCCCGGGCACCGCAGGGAGAGAGGGCGCGGCGUCUGCGCGCCCCUCGAAGCAGCAGCGGUACGAGAGCGAAGCCUCUUUGCCAGCAGUCAGGCCAAGCACGAGCAGCCAGAAGAAAUUUCUGUCGCUGAGCAAGUGCUGCCAAGCUCUGUCCAACUCGAUCCCUGAAGACAUUGAAGACAUCGUCAGAGAAAUCAAAGAUGACCAGGAUCAGCUGAGCCGUCUCCCUUCGGCAAGCCCGCGGGACCCUCCAAUCGCCACGCCAAGACCCGGGAAAGAGGCUCAGGACCAGGGUGCGAAAGACACCGCAGCAACUCACGGGCCCCUGCCUGACUCGGAACAGAAUCUCAUCGGCUCAGCCUCCAGCACAGAUGUGUCCGCUCUGAACAAGGACAGCACAUGUUUAAGGGGGAGUGCCGGAGAGACAGCCCCGGUGCCUGUGGCGCAGGACAAAGGAACGUACGACACCAUGCACGAGGCUCGGGACACAGAAGACACCUCAGCGAUUUUUGAGCUUGUCUCGCCCUACGAAGACGUGGGACAGGAAGACUCCCCGCUCCAAGAGAAAACAGUCGUUGCGGCUGCCUCGGACUCCAGCGUGCCCAGGCAGCGGCCCUCGUCACUGUUCAAGAAAGUGCCGGCUGCUCUGUCCAGAGUCUUCUCGCGAACUUCUGCGGCCAGCACGGCUGCCCCGGAGAGAGCGUAGGAGCCACGGCAGCACGGGCGCCGCUUUGCCAGAGAGAAUAAAUAUUU